CCGGUGCCAACCUCAUGCCCGCGGCCUGCUCCUCUUAUCUCGGGACAGGAUAAGUGCGUUACGAAAGCCUCGCGUGAUAACGAAGUGUUAAGAGUGCGUUCCGGGAAGGAAAAGAAGAGCAAGUGUCGGGUAGCGCGUGUUUGAAAGUCCCGCGGUUGGCAGGCAGUAGGUUGGCUCGCUGCCACCAGUGGCGCUGCCAUCGCCGAGACGUGAGUGUAAACACAGUGGUGGAAACAUGGACUCCACCUCUAACAGUGUGACAGCUCCGGGAAACCACUCUCAUUCCUCCCCUAUAGACAGUGUUAAUAACAAUACGAUGCAAAAUGGGAUUGCCACGCCCUCGGGUGACUCAGAAGAAACAGACGAAGUUGAAAGUGUAAAUAGCAGUGUAGGAAACAGAACUUCAGUGAACGGUGGAGUGGCACUCGGUAGUGUUGGCAAUGUUACGAGCUCAUCAGCUGACCGUGAUAGAAACGUAAAUAAUGACGUUGAUGCCAAACCAGACCCCGAGGACGAUAAAGAGCUAGAGGAACUUGCCAAACUUAGGUGUCAGAGCGUGGCAACAGAAGUGGUGGCAGAGAGAUAUAAGCGAAGAUGUUCCGAUUAUCCGGGUUUUGCGUUCGGCUCCUCCAUUUUCAGUUCGAACACUAUGAUGAAGUUCAGCAUUAUAAAGAACGAGUUGCACAACAUCAUGAAUGUGCAAUUGAAAAGGGCUGAGGGCGAGGUGGCCGCUCUGAACCGCCGCAUCCAGCUGCUCGAGGAGGACCUGGAGCGCUCUGAGGAGCGCCUCAACACCGCCACCACCAAGCUGGCCGAGGCCUCCCAGGCCGCCGACGAGUCCGAGCGAGCCCGCAAAUGCCUGGAGAACCGAGCCAACAUGGAGGACGACCGAGUGGGCAUCCUUGAGGCCCAGCUCGCACAGGCAAAGCACAUUGCCGAGGAGGCUGACAAGAAGUACGAAGAGCUGGCCCGUAAGUCCGUCAUGCUGGAGAACGACUUGGAGAGGGCUGAGGAGAGGGCAGAAGCGGCCGAAGGAAAGAUCGUCGAGCUUGAGGAAGAGCUGCGUGUCGUUGGCAACAACCUGAAGUCCCUUGAGGUGUCUGAGGAGAAGUCUGCGCAAAGAGAAGACAAGAUGGACACACAGCUGAGAAGUAUCACACAAAGUUUGAGAGAGGCUGAGGCCCGUGCUGAGUUCGCCGAGAGGUCUGUGCAGAAGCUCCAGAAGGAGGUCGACAGGCUUGAAGACGAUCUAGUAGCUGAGAAAGAUAAGAAUAGGCUGCUCCAGGCAGACAUGGAAGCCACCCUACAGGACAUCCAGAAUAUGUAGACAUAAUAAGCCCAGGACACAUUGGAAGAAGCAGAAAGUCACAGACGAACUGGUUAACGAAAAGGAGAAGUACAAGUCCAUUACCGACGAGCUGGACCAGACUUUCAGCGAACUGUCUGGCUACUAAACACUCUCUGCUCCAAACUGUUCUGCCAUCUCUCUUCCUAUGCCCUCAGCUGGCCUGUAACCUAUUUUUUCAUAAGCUUAUGUCAUUCAGUUUAUAAGAAUCUUUUUACUUUUCCUUCUUUUUAUGUGUUGCAUUUGACCUUCGAUUGAGUCAAUAUCAUCACUAAAUCAUUCGAUAACGUUGGUGAAGUCUGCCAUAUAGGUAAUUUUAAUGUUAUUAAAAGGUAAUCUUUAUUCAGGAACCUAGAUUUUGAAGUUCAUUUCAAAAGGACAGGUUUCAUGUAUUCUAUGGCUUAAUAACAUAAAGAAAUAAAUAUUUAUUAUCAAAUGAAUUUGUUUUGUUGUUUACGCUGUUAUCCCGACACGACCAUGACCAACGAUGAAGCGAGUGGCAGUAAGAUGAGCCUAGGACCACUGCUGCUGCCACCGUCAGCCGGUGGACUGCCUGUAAAAUAUCUCACCCAUCUGUUACAGAUGAACUUGUUAAUGAAAAAGAAAAAUAUAAGAACAUUGCGGAUGAGAUGGACCAGGCGUUCUCAGAAUUAUCAGGAUUCUAAAUGUGGCACACUGGUGGGCGCUAACACGGUGCUUGGACGGGCGUCCGUGUCCGCGGAUGUGUGGGCGGAGGCCAUUACUCUGUCCACACCCGCAACACGAUCACGCCCCUGCGGACUGACUUGACUGACGGCCGAGACGCGCCCUACACCAACACCAUCACCACCACCACCACCUCCAAUCAUCACCGCCUGGCCCGCCACGCUAACGUCCGCCGUGUAAUGGCCGAGUCCCGGGGCUCCGGAGCUCCAGGGCGGCCCUCGACGGCAGCUCCGUGGGGCUGCUCUCGCGCGCCGCGCUUGAACUCCGUGAUCCAAGGGGCGCUGAGCCUCACCAAGGCUCCCCCGUUCUCUCGCGGAGCGGGGCGCCUGCUGAGGUUCCUCGCCCUGGGAGUCGGCCCACGUCUCUCUUGCUCUGUUGCCGUAUGUAAGGGUGUGCAUAGGUUCACCUUCUUCAACUCGAGUUGCAAUCAGUCCUUUUAUGCGUCAUGCAUUUACAAUAUAUGAAUUAUCAAUAAUAUAUAAGUUAAUAAUAUUAUUCAACUUUUAAAUCUGGAUCUUAUACUUACAGAAUGAUUGUACACUGUUUGUUUAACGUGUAAUAAAUUUUGUAAACAAAA